AAGCGGGAGCAGCGUAUCGUUGCUCAAUAGCGGAAGAGUACCGAUUCCAGCAAACUCUGCAAAUAAGAAUCGACAGGGACAGAGGGAGCGCCCACCAACACAAAAACAUAUACAAACACAAACAGCCACUUUACUCUCAACACUCCACCCGAGUUCGAGUUCUGACUCAUGACACAUAGUUAAACGCUCCGCCCGUCCGCCGCCGCGACCCCUAAAACACAGAACCAUGUUCAUCAACGGCAACACCAACGCCAGCCUCAAUGCGGCGGAGGACCCGGAAUCCAUCACCGCCCCGUUAAUCUCGCACCAGCGGUACGCCCCGAACUCCACGUCGCAGGUGGCGCUGGUCGGCGCCAAUGUCCGCCCAAUCGAGAGCCUCGAUUACGAGAUUCUCGAGAACGAGUUCUUCAAGCAGGACUGGCGGAGUUGCGGGAAGGCCCACGUGUUACAGUACAUAUUCAUGAAGUGGGUCUCGUGUUUCCUUGUUGGCAUCGUCGUCGGACUCAUUGCAUUCUGCAACAACCUCGCCGUCGAAAACAUCGCCGGCGUUAAGUUUGUUGUCACGUCCAACAUGAUGUUGCAGCGCAGGUUUUGGCUGGCUUUUGCCGUCUUCUUCUUCUCAAAUUUGGGUUUGACUUUAUUCGCGGUUGUGGUCACCGCUUUCGUGGCGCCCGCCGCCGCAGGGUCCGGUAUACCGGAGGUGAAGGCGUACCUGAACGGCGUCGAUGCGCCCGGAAUAUAUUCAAUAAAGACUUUGCUUGUUAAGAUUGUUGGCAGUGUUACUGCAGUGUCGUCCUCUCUUCUUAUUGGAAAGGCAGGGCCCAUGGUGCAUACCGGUGCGUGUGUUGCAUCAUUGUUGGGUCAGGGAGGAUCGAAGAAGCAUGGCUUGACAUGGAAAUGGCUGCGAUAUUUCAAGAAUGAUCGCGAUCGUAGGGAUCUCGUAACGUGUGGAGCAGCUGCUGGAAUUGGUGCAUCCUUUCGUUCCCCUGUCGGUGGGGUACUCUUUGUUUUUGAAGAAAUGGCAUCUUGGUGGAGAAGUGCCCUUCUGUGGAGAGCUUUCUUUACAACAGCUGUAAUCGCAAUUGUGCUUCGAGCUCUGAUUGAUGUUUGCUACAGCGGAAAAUGUGGGCUUUUUGGUACUGGGGGGCUGAUAAUGUUUGAUGUCUAUUCAGCAAAUAUAUCAUAUCACAUUACCGAUGUGCCUCCGGUUCUUCUCCUUGGGUUUGUAGGCGGCAUAUUGGGCAGCCUAUACAAUUCUCUAUUAACAAAAGUUAUCCGAAUAUACAAUAUCAUCCAUGAGAGAGGUGUCGUUUAUAAAAUUCUUAUAGCUUGUACAGUCUCCAUUUUCACAUCUUGUCUUCUUUUUGGAUUACCGUGGCUUGCAACUUGUCGACCUUGCCCACGUGAUGCAGUAGAAGCCUGCCCUACCAUUGGACGGUCUGGUAACUACAAGAAGUUUCAAUGUCCUGCUGGUCACUAUAAUGACCUUGCCAGCCUCAUAUUUAACACGAAUGAUGAUGCUAUUAGAAACCUUUUCAGCAAGAAUACUGAUUCUGAGUUUCAAUAUUCCUCGAUGAUCAUAUUUUUCGUCACCUGCUUUUUCUUGAGUAUCUUUAGCUACGGGGUGGUUGUGCCAGCUGGUCUUUUCGUACCUGUUAUUGUGACUGGUGCAUCUUAUGGGCGUUUUUUUGGAAUGCUGGUUGGUAAACACUCGAAUCUCAAUCACGGUCUAUAUGCUGUGCUGGGUGCUGCUGCUCUUCUUGGUGGAACCAUGAGGAUGACGGUCUCUCUAUGUGUAAUUAUUCUGGAAUUGACCAAUAAUCUGUUAUUGCUGCCAUUAAUAAUGGUGGUUCUUCUUGUUUCAAAGACAACGGCAGAUGCUUUCAAUAGCAAUAUAUAUGAUCUUAUUAUGAAAGCAAAGGGUCUUCCCUAUCUGGAAAGUCAUGUUGAACCAUAUAUGCGGCAGCUGACAGUAGCAGAUGUGGUAACAGGGCCACUUCAACUAUUUCAAGGCAUUGAGAAGGUUGGUAACAUAGUACACGUCCUCCGUACUACAGGGCAUAAUGGGUUCCCUGUGAUUGAUGAGCCUCCGCUUUCUGAAACGCCUGUUUUGUUUGGUAUAGUCCUCCGUGCCCAUCUUAUUGAAUUGUUGAAGAAGAAAGCAUUUGUGUCCAACCCAGUUCUCACGAGCACCGAUUCUUUUAAACUCUUCUCAUCAGUGGAUUUUGCCAAGAGGGGUUCAGGCAAAGGGGACAAGAUAGAAGAUAUAGAACUAACCGAGGAAGAGAUGGAAAUGUUCAUCGACUUGCAUCCCUUUACUAACACUUCACCUUAUACUGUUGUGGAAACGAUGUCACUGGCAAAGGCUCUUAUACUUUUCCGAGAAGUUGGCUUAAGGCACCUUCUUGUGAUACCCAAGCUGUCCAAUAGAACUCCCGUGGUGGGUAUAUUGACGAGGCACGACUUCAUGCCAGAACAUAUAUUGAGCUUGCACCCUAUGCUGGUGAGUAGCAGGUGGAAAAGAUUAAGAUUCCAGCUGCCAUCCCCGCCAAAACUCAUUUAGGGGCAUUUUCAGCCUAGCAUUGUAGUUCCCCCCGAAGAUGGUCUCGUAAAUAAUCUUCAUUUGACGGUCUGAAAUCAUGACACGUCCGGUAUCUAGUUAGUUUUCAGAGUUUGUCAUGGCCUCGAGAGCUCAAGACCGGAAGGGAAGUAGUUUAUAUCGUUAGAUAGCAUGAUAAACCAGGAAAGGUGGAAAUUUUGCUCUCUGAUGAAAUUAUUUGUACCCAGCCAAAUACAAGGAAAAUAAGACAGGGUGCAACUGUAAAAAGCUAUAAUUUAGUUACUUUUUUCUUCUAUUA